AUGGCGCCCGCGGAACUGGAAGAAUUGAGGAAGAAACUAAAGGAGUUGCUUGAUUCGGGACACAUUAGUCAGUCUAAGGUACCGUUUGGCAAAGUGUUCACAAAGAUGGAUUUGAAGAAGAGUUAUUACCAAGUUCAGAUUGCCGAAGGUGAUGAACCCAAGACGACUUGUGUGACGUGCUAUUAUUCCUUGGAGUGUCUGGUCAUGCCCUUUGGCUUGACGAAUGCACCGGCGACGUUCUGUAUGUUGAUGAACAAGCUGUUCCACCAAUACUUGGAUCAAUUUGUGGUUAUUUAUUUAGACGAUAUCGUUGUCUAUAGCAACAGCAUGGAGCAUCACGUGGAGCACUUGUGCGAAGUGUUCAAGGUUUUGUGCGACAAUGACUUGUGGGUGAAGCGGGAAAAAUGCAGUUUCGCUCAACCUACUGUCCAAUUUCUGGGACACACAAUCAGCCAUGGCGAGAUAAGGAUGGACGGCGACAAGGUGGAAUCUAUUAAGAAUUGGGAGGCUCCAACGAAGAAGAACCGUGAGUGGGAAUGGUCUGAUGCUUGUCAAGCUGCCUUCGAGAGACUUAAGGUUGUUGUAAUGGAAGAACCUGUUUUGGCCUUGCAUGAUUUAACUAGGGCAUUUGAAGUUCACACUGAUGCGUCAAACAUUGCUAUGUGUUGCGUCCUAAUGCCAGAGGGCCACCUGAUAGCAUUUGAAAGCAGAAAGUUGAAUGAGGCGGAUUUCUUGGUAGAAUUCAAUUUCACAUUCAAGUACAAGCCAGGGAAGGCUAAUGUUGUUGUCGACGCUCUUUGUCGCAAGGCUGCCUUGGCUGCAAUCUGGGCUAACCUUCGGCGUACGUUGAUCAAAGAGGGGCACGACACUGCUUGUAUUGGCCAUCCUGGGCAGAAGAGAACUCUAGCCUUGAUAGAGGCUUCUUAUUGUUGGCCUCAGAUGAGGGAAGACAUCGAGGCGUAUGUGCGGACUUGUCUAAUUUGUCAAAAAGACAAGGUCGAGACCAAGGGGCCGGGUGGACUGCUUGAGCUGCUGCCCAUUGCUGAAAAACCUUGGGACUGCGUCACGAUUGAUUUCAUUACUUGCUUGCCGAACUCGGAAGGGUUUGGAACUAUUAUGGUCGUAGUGGAUCGAUUUUCAAAGUAUGCAACAUUCACUGUCACGACGGCUUGUUGCAAGGCUAAGGAGGCAGCCCGUAUCUUCUUGCACGGCGUCCUCAUAUAUUGGGGCAUCACCAAGCACAUCAUUAGUGAUCGAGAUCCUAGAUUUACCAGCGCAUUAUGGAGAGAGCUAUUUAGUCUCUUGGGGUCGGAAUUACACUUUUUGACCAGUUUCCAUCGUCAAACAGAUGGGCAGAGCGAGCGGAUCAAUGCGCUCUCUGAGUGCUAUUUGCGGCAAUAUGUAAGUGCCAACCAAAAGGAUUUAGCCAAGCUGCUGGACACUGCCCAAUUCUCUUACAAUUUGCAGUAG